AUGGAUUUUACUAAACCAGAGACAGUUUUCAAACUAGAAAAUAUUAGAAAUGAAUUGGUCAAAAUGGAAGAUUCCAUUAUUUUCCAAUUCAUCGAGAGAUCACAUUUCCCAACCAAUGGUAAUGUUUACAUAGAAAACAAUGCUAAGCUUCCCUUAGGCGAUUUCGAUGGUUCUUUCUUGGACUGGGCCUUGAUGCAUCUAGAAGUUACCGAAUCACAAUUGAGAAGAUUCGAAUCACCAGAUGAAACUCCCUUCUUCCCAGAUAGAAUUUUAGAUUCAAUACUACCAAGUAUAAACUUUCCUCAAAUCCUGGCUCCAAGUGCAGAAAAUGUAAACUAUAAUAAUAAGAUCAAAGGUGUCUACAUCAAAGAAAUCGUUCCAUUGAUUUCAAAAUAUGAUGGUGAUGAUGCCAAUAACUACGGUUCUGUGGCUAUGACAGAUAUACAAUGUUUGCAAAGUCUGAGUAGAAGAAUUCAUUUUGGUAAGUUUGUCGCAGAAGCCAAAUUUAGAUCUGAUGAAGAGUUGUACACAAAAUUGAUUAAAGAGAAAGAUAUAGACAGCAUUAUGGAACAUAUUACAAAUUCUGCUGUUGAGGAAAAGAUUCUACAAAGAUUAACCACGAAAGCUGAAGUAUAUGGUGUUGAUCCAACAAAUAAAGAAAGUCAAAGAAAAAUCACACCUGAAUAUCUUGUUAAAAUUUACAAGGAAUUCGUUAUUCCUUUAACUAAGGAAGUCGAAGUUGAAUACUUACUAAGAAGAUUAGAUUGA